AUGUCCGGAGAUUCUGGCAGCUACCUUCUUCCUCCAUCCUCAAACCCGAAUUAUCUCUCUCCCCAACAUACUCAACCACCCGCUAACCUGUCCUCGCCCUCCUCCUCCAGCCAGGACCACCGCGGUACCCCUGAAGCGCCGGGCCGCGUCGUCACCUUGAUCUCGCGUUCCUACUGGGAGCAGCUGACCGACCACCAUGACUCGGCCCCGGACAAGGUUUGGGGCGUGGCCUACCGCAUCACGCCCGACCGCGUCGCCGAGGUCAAGGAAUACCUCGACAUCCGCGAGAUCAACGGGUACACGAUUCACUACACGCCCUUCCACCCUGCUACCACCAUCACUACAGCCGCCGACUCAGCCCAACCCCAACCCCAACACGAGGGUAUCCACCACCACCCCGGCCCGAUCCGGACGUUGGUCUACAUCGGCACGCCCGACAACGACCAGUUCGUCGGCCCGCAAGACCCGCAGCAGCUCGCCGAGCACAUCUACCGCAGCACCGGACCGAGCGGGCCAAAUCGGGACUACCUGUGGGGGCUGGAGGCGGCGCUGGACGAGCUGAGCCCGGAGAGCGGCGACGAGCACGUCACGGAUCUGUCGAACCGGCUCCGGGCGGUCGCCGCUCGCGAGGAAGCGGCGGCGGCGGAAGGAAAGAAAGAGAUCUCCGGCCCGCCCGCUCCUGUCGAUGUUGGCGUUGGCGUUGGCGUCGGUGCCGGUCCGGAACAGCCGUCGCCGUCGGUGCUGCGGCGGGAGCAGCAGCAUCAUGAGCAGCACCACGACUUCAGAAAGGUCAGCAGCAUAGAUGAGCAGGAGGAGACGGAGAAGACUUCGUGA